CAUGGCGCCGACAACAGAGAUUCAAGAUGAGAGAGUCAACUCUAAAACGAUCAUCGUUAAUCAAUCGAAACGAGAAAUGUUCUCGUUACAGAGUGGUUUGAAGAAUUUGAACAAAAAGCUAAGGAGUAAUUGGAAACUCGUUGCAAAUCGGGAAGAUUUACAAGAGAAUCGAUUAAGAGAUGGAAAACUUUUAAUUAUUCCAGCACCUAGGGAUAAGUUCUCAAUGACAGAGUUUGAUGCCUUAAAAUCGUAUAUAAACGGUGGAGGAAGUAUAUUAGUCUUAAUGACGGAAGGAGGAGAAACCAAAUUGGAAACAAAUAUUAAUUUCUUUCUAGAAGAAUUCGGCAUUAUGGUGAAUAAUGAUGCAGUUGUAAGGACACAUUAUUACAAAUAUUAUCAUCCUAAAGAAGCUCUCGUUUCAAAUGGAAUAUUGAACAGAGCAAUAAGUCAGGCAGCUGGAAAAGCAAUAUCAGCUGACGAUGAGAGUAAUAAUUCACAGCAAAAAUCUAGAAAAAAAAAGGGUGCAAAUUUAGCUGAUUUUGAAUUGGAUGAAAUUUUUCAUAAAGCUCUAUCGUUUGUUUAUCCCUAUGGAUCGACUCUAAACGUAAUAAAACCUUCUCAUGCUGUACUAAGUUCGGGAAGCGUUACAUUUCCUUUAAAUAGGCCGGUCUGUGCCUUCUAUCCUGGUAAAAAUGGAAAAGGAAAGAUUGCUGUUCUCGGCUCUGUACAUAUGUUUACGGAUCAGUAUCUGGAAAAGGAAGAAAACGCAAAGAUACUUGACGUGAUAAUAAAUUACUUGACUACCGACGAAGUUGUCUUGAACAACAUAGACGCCGAGGAUCCUGAAAUAAGCGAUUAUAAUCAACAACCAGAUACAACAAUACUUGGAGAUCAAGUAAAAGCGUGCCUUCAAGAAACCGAAGAUAUUCCAAGAGAUAUUACCACACUUUUUGAUAAAACCCUCUUCUCUUUGGAUACGUCAUUGGUACCCAAAACAAUUCGAGCCUAUAAAGAAUUGAAUACGAAGCACGAGGCUUUAAGUCUGAUAACUCCACAAUUUGAGACUCCUCUACCACCACUAAAUCCUGCUGUUUAUCAUCCACAAUUUCGCGAACCAGUUCCGCCAAAUCUUGAUUUGUUCGAUUUGGAUGAACAAUUUUCAACAGAUAAAGUCCGUCUAGCUCAAGUGACAAAUAAAUGCGGAGAAGAAGAUCUUGAAUAUUACGUAAGAGAAUGCGGAGAAAUCUUAGGAGUAACUCAAGUUUUACCUUUGGAGAGAAGAAGCGCCAAGAACAUAUUAGAAUAUGUAUUAAAUCAAGUGGUAGAAUUCAAGAAAUUGAAUCAGGACCAUAUGGACGAGUCACAACAGCAUCACAACCAUGUUCAUUUUAGCGACAAUACUGGUCAAUCGGACAUGGCAUUCUAUAAUAACGAAUAA